UUUGAAGAUAAACAACAUGAAGUUGAAAUCCCUUCUCCAACACAAAAAGAGAAGGAGAAAAAGAAGAGACCAAUGUCUCAGAUCAGCGGAGUCAAAAAACUGAUGCACAGCUCCAGUUUAACCAAUUCCAGUAUUCCCAGGUUUGGAGUUAAAACAGACCAAGAAGAUAGUCUUGCUAAGGAACUAGAAGAUGUGAACAAAUGGGGCCUGCAGGUUUUCAGAGUAGCAGAGCUAUCUGGAAACAGACCUUUGACAGUCAUCAUGCACACCGUUUUUCAGGAACGAGAUCUGUUAAAAACAUUUAAAAUUCCAGUGGAUACUUUAAUAACUUACCUGAUGACCCUAGAAGACCACUACCAUGCAGAUGUAGCAUAUCACAAUAACAUACAUGCUGCAGAUGUUGUUCAGUCAACCCAUGUCCUGCUGUCAACCCCGGCAUUAGAGGCUGUGUUCACUGAUCUGGAGAUUCUUGCAGCAAUUUUUGCCAGUGCAAUACAUGAUGUAGAUCAUCCCGGGGUUUCAAACCAGUUUCUUAUCAACACAAAUUCUGAACUUGCCUUGAUGUACAAUGACUCAUCAGUACUGGAGAAUCAUCACUUAGCUGUGGGUUUCAAGCUGCUACAGGAAGAAAAUUGUGACAUUUUCCAGAAUUUGACCAAAAAACAGAGGCAGUCAUUGAGGAAAAUGGUCAUUGACAUUGUCCUUGCUACAGACAUGUCUAAGCAUAUGAAUCUUUUGGCUGAUUUAAAAACUAUGGUUGAAACCAAAAAAGUGACAAGUUCUGGUGUCCUCCUUCUUGAUAACUAUUCAGAUAGGAUUCAGGUUCUUCAGAAUAUGGUGCACUGUGCAGAUCUCAGCAAUCCAACCAAGCCACUCCAUCUCUACCGCCAAUGGACAGACAGAAUAAUGGAGGAAUUCUUCCGCCAAGGAGAUCGGGAAAGAGAGAGAGGAAUGGAGAUAAGUCCCAUGUGUGAUAAGCACAAUGCAUCCAUAGAAAAAUCACAGGUGGGCUUUAUUGACUACAUUGUUCAUCCUCUGUGGGAGACAUGGGCAGAUCUUGUUCACCCGGAUGCCCAGGAUAUCUUAGAUACACUGGAAGACAAUCGAGAAUGGUACCAGAGCACAAUCCCUCAGAGUCCCUCUCCUGCACCUGAUGACCAGGAGGAGAGUAAACAGGGCCAGACUGAAAAAUUCCAGUUUGAACUAACACUGGAGGAAGAUGGUGAGUCAGACACCGAAAAGGACAGUGGAAGUCAAGUAGAAGAAGACACCAGCUGCAGUGACUCAAAGACCCUUUGCACCCAGGAUUCAGAAUCUACCGAAAUUCCUCUUGAUGAGCAAGUAGGGGAAGAAGUAGAAGAGGAGGAGAAUCAGACAGAAGCUUGCGUAGUAGACCAUUCUUCUGACAUGUCAAAGUUUUCUCUACUUUAGCCCUCACAGGGCUUUAGCACAGAUGAUGAUGCUGAAGGAGGAAAGAGAAUGAAGAGAACUCAUGUUUUUUCAUGUUUUGACUUUUUUGUUCUUCAUCAUUUCUUCUUGAUCCACCUAAAAGUCUCCUCAGUCCCCAAGAGUGCCUGGAACUUUAAUAAUGGAAAAGCAAUAUAAAUUCCAAAAUAACCAGUAAAACCUGAAAAGGUUUUGUAUCUGCACAAAUUGAAAGUAAAUGAAGAGAAUAACACCAUAUUGUGAGAUAUACACCCAUACAUAUGGACAAUCACAUGACAGAAAAUGAUAUCAUUUCUUAGAGAUGGGGAUAUAAUGCACUGUACAAUCUUUUUUUUUUUCCUCUUUUGCCAAAGUGUGUUUUAGCAUUGCGCACUGCUUUAAGACAAUACAAUUUACAAGUGGCUUUAUGUGUUCUAAAUAUUUUUGCCAUAAGAAAAUGCAGUGAGUUGGGUAUUGAGUGCAGCGGGGGGGAGGGGGGUAAGAAAAUUCACAUUGCUUAUAACAGUACGCUUUAGCUUGCAAGUUACUGUACUCAGUAAUGCUGUGUUUGAAUUUUUAAUUGUUUUGUGUCAUUGUUAAAAAUUAUAAUGAAAAGAUAUAGAUAGAACAAACAGCAUUCAGAAGUUUAAAAAACUUGAAUGAAAUGGAUUUUACAGAAAGCUUUGACAGUUCUUUUAAAAUACAUUAUUUAUUUUAUUUGUGCCAUGCAUUUUUCUCACCAAAUGACCUUACCUGUAAUACAGUCUUAUUUGUCUCUGUUUACAAUUGUGUAUUUAUUGUAAUGUACAUACUGUAAUGUUAAUUGUAAAUUAUCUGUUCUUAUUAUAACAUCAUCCUUGUCUGGGUGGUGUUGCUAUAUUUGGAAACUCUUGGUGAGAGAAUGAUUAUUGUGUAUACAUUUUCCUUGUACAUUUUUUUCUCCUAUAAUAUAUUCUGUGUCACCUUAGAGCUUGUUUAUGGAAGAUUGAAGAAAAGUAUAAAGUACAUAAAGAUAUAUCAAUAAAAUUAAAAAAAAAAAAAAAAGACUGCAGGUCUUUGGUCCCAGGGCUGUGCCUUAACUUCAAACAAUAUUUUCUUAUGUUUUGCUGCAUUUGAAAGUAAGGUAGCUUUGGGGAUAGGGCUGGGCAUAUCUACCAUAUUUUUAGUUGCUAGCUUAUGUGGUUACUUGUGUGAGCUAGUUUGCAUGAUACUACAGAGAGCUUUUAUCCAUAAACAUGCUGGAAGCUUUUCCAGACUUCUGGCAAUAUAAUUGUAUUGCCUCUCUGAUUAUCUUUUUACAGGCUAUCAUCAGGGAUCAUUGCAGCCAUUACUUGCUACUAAAAAAACAUUGAUGCUGUAUUUCAGUACUGAAUUGUGCUGAACAAGCUUUGGAAAGCAUCUCUAAUAAGAAUUUGGUUUUAAUGCAUAUUUGCAAAUGAAACAAUGGAACUAAAUGGGGAUAGCUCAUAUACUUGUUUUUUUAACGAUCAUCUAAUACUCUUUAUUUAUAGCACAAAUUACCACUAUAUAAGCAGAAUCAAUAAAGUAGGACAAAAGACAGCUUCAAUCUUGGAAAUGCUUUCCAACACUAAUAUUAGUGUUAUAAGCAGCCAAAGCUUUUAUUUUGUAUAGAUGUAUGUAAGGCUUUGUACAGGUGUGUAUAGCAUAAUGCACUAGAUCUAUAGGAGAAUGAUAGGCCUCUAGAUCUUUUAAUAACACUAGUAUUAGGUUUGCAGGUUGGACUCUGAGCAUCUCUUGCUGUUUGAGUAUCACAUUGCUCCAAACUGUGUAGGACUGAUAGCAAUGGAUUUGCCAGAGCAAGGUAAAUACCUCUCCUCAUUCCAGUGAUGCCCAGCCCCUGUAGCAUGUGACCUUUCGUUAAAAGGAGGGAUUCUUUUUCAAAGGAAAACAGAACCUCCUUUUCGACACAAACUGUAGAUUUUAGCAGCCCUGGCCCAAAGGAAAUGGAUUGCUUUCAUUUUAACGAUAUAGAAGGGACACUAUAACAACAAAAAUCCUGAACAACGUUUUGUUAUUAAUUUGGGGAUGUCUUGAGAGUGGCAACUUGUGUGAACAUUGCACAUGACAAUUCUUUCACUGGUUUCUUAGCCUGUCUUACAGCAUAUGGGAUAGUACUGUACAUCAAUACCUUCAUAUGAAAUUUUUAUAUGCAAUGGAAAUAAAGCAUGUGUUGAUUCUGCCUA